CCUGGAGAUUCAGUUUACCUUAUAAAUCCUAUUAAAGGAAUUACAGACUCACUCUGCAAAAGAACAAAAAAUCCAUAUCCCUUUCUCUUUUUAUUCUCCGUGUCAUUGUGUUAAGAGGAUAAAAGAAAGAGAUUAAACAACAAGUGUACCAUAUAGGCUAUAGCGGGCCAGUAAGAUACUACGGAGUACAAUAUUAACACACCAGAGCUGGACACCUAGUCUUUAUUUUAGCAUUACUAGAAAACACUUAACGGCCCACCAAAUAUAGACAAUCGUGUAUAUAUUUUAGUAGACGUCUUAGUAUGAAUCGUGCAACCUUGAAAACCACAAUAGAAAACAGAGGAAAACAUGUCUAUGAGAGAAAUGCCUCCAACAAACUCAGACAUUUGGGCUCAAUCUAUGUCAAGCAGUCUUAAGAAGUGCAAGGACAACAUGCGAAGAAGGUUCAAUGAUGAGCAAAUUAAGUCAUUGGAAAACAUGUUUGAGACAGAAUCAAGGCCUGAACUGAGAACAAAACAGCAAUUGGCAAAAAGACUAGGCCUGCAGCCACGACAAGUUGCUAUAUGGUUUCAGAACAAGAGAGCUAGAUCAAAAUCCAAGCAACUUGAAUUGGAGUAUAGAAUGCUUCAAAUCAGUUAUGAAAAAUUAGGUUCCAAGUAUGAAUUACUGAAGAAAGAGCAUGAAUCCCUGCUCACCCAGUUGCAGAGACUAAAAAAGUUAACUGAAGAUGGUGGCAAUGAAGAGAUUGAGAAUGAAGGCAACAAAUUAGAAACCGAGGUGAAGCCAGAACAGUUUGUACCAGAAACUUGCAGCCCUGAAUUUGGCUUAACUUUGUGUGAAGACAGCAGGGGAAUUGACUAUUUGGGACCAGAAUCUGAUAUUUUAAACAUGGCACAAAUAGCUGAUGGUUUAUCAGAGAUCGAAAACGAAUGCAGAUUCGAGUCAAGAACGUUUCUUGAUGAUUCUGCUUGUAGAUCACCAUUGUGGGAAUUUUAGUGUUACAAUUUUCCUGCUGUUACAGAACCAUUUUGUCAGUAGAACUAAAUGACUCUAAACAAAUGAGUGGUGGAAUAAUGAAUCAGUAAACAAUCAUAUAGUAAGUAAAUGCUUCUAGUU